UAAUACAUCAUAGAUUUAAGAAAGAGAAUAAAAAAACAUGACAAGUGUAUGUCUUUGUUUUCUCUUUACGUUUGUGUUUGGCUGCUUUCUAACUCCAUUUCAUCACCGAUAAACACUCUCCAACUUUAUCUUCUUUCCUCAAUCCUCUCCCUCUCCCUUUCACAAUCCAAUCUCUCCCUCUCUUUCUCUCCUUCACUUUCUCCCUCACACACGAUACGUAUCAAUCAUAAAUUACCGCAAACCCAUUUCUCAAAUCACGCUUAUAGAUCCAAAUUUCCUAUCUUUAUCAUCAUUUAUCAUCAUUCCCUCUUAAAUUCUCAAUUGUGUUAUCUUCCAAUUUUGCUUUGUUAAUCUUAAAGAUACGUUUUUUAUAAUCUCUUUGAGUUUUUUGAUUGAAAUUCUCACUACCCAUGUCUCGAUUCAUCUCAAGAUGCAAAAAAAUGAAGGAAAUUGCAUCUUUUCGUGGGACCCAUAUGGUUGUUGAAUCAAGUAACCGUCGAACCGGAUUUGGUUUUUUAAACCGGGUUCAGCCAAUUUCAACUCAUUUGAAUCAUAUCAUAGUUGCUGGAGGUGGAACUUUACAUCGCCGCCGGGAGGCGGUUGUUGGAUGCCAGGAAAGGUAUAAAUGGGACCGUGGUGGGUCAGAUGAUAAUAUCCAUAACCCGACCCGGAAAAUUCGGGCUGAGGCUAAUUGUCCACGUUGUUCUAAAGAUAUGAACUUGUUUUUCUCCAAUAGUCAUAUUCCAAGCACUAGUGAUUCUGAUGGUGGUGGUGGUGAUGGUGGGCGAGGUUUGAAUUCGGGUCAUAAUGGUGUUGGUGGUGGAGGAGAGAGUGGUUAUCAAGCAGUCAAUCUAUGUCCAAAUUGUAAAACAGCAUAUUAUUUUAGACCUUACAACACAUCACCAUUACAAGGUACAUUUGUGGAAAUUAGUAGAUUAAGUAAUAAUAAUAAUGGUACUAGUAAAUCUCAAUUAUCUAGAAGGGUAAAAAAUGGUGGUGGAAAAGAUAAUGGUAGUGCUAGUAAUAGUAUUAAGACUGGUCAUGGAAGUGAGGAAUUUGGUCUUAAAGGUAGUGCUAGUAAUUGGCUUGAAGUUUCAUUGUGGGAAACUGUGAGAUCUUACAAUGGUGGUGGAAAUGGUGGUGGUAAUAAUGGGGAGCCACCGGAGACAUGGCCACCACCGGUACGUGGUGGUGGUAAUGGGAAUGGUUUGGCUGUGCAUACUCCUCCAGGUCCUCCUUUUGCACCUGGGAUUAAUGUUAUUCGGGCUAUGGGACCGAGAGAAGGUGGUGGCAAUGGUGAGAAGAACACUUGGGGAGGGUCUAAUUUAGGGAAGGAUUUGCCCUCACCAAAGGAGAUCUGUAAGGGUCUUGACAAGUUUGUUAUUGGCCAAGGUAGAGCCAAGAAGGUGCUUUCUGUAGCUGUUUAUAACCACUACAAAAGAAUAUACCAUGCCUCUUUACCGAAAGGGUCGGGUAAAGAAUCAGGAAUUUCAGACAUAUUUGAUGAUGACGAAAAUGUCGAGCUUGAAAAGAGUAAUGUUCUUUUGAUGGGUCCAACAGGAUCGGGGAAGACAUUACUUGCAAAAACACUAGCUCGUUUUGUGAAUGUUCCAUUUGUCAUUGCUGAUGCAACAACCUUAACACAGGCUGGUUAUGUUGGAGAAGAUGUUGAAUCUAUACUACAUAAACUACUUGCGGCGGCAGAUUACAACGUUGCAGCAGCUCAACAAGGAAUAAUUUAUAUCGAUGAAGUUGACAAGAUAACUAAGAAGGUAUUUUGUUUAACUUUUUUAAUCGGAUUAGUUUACAAUUUUUCAGCCACUAUAGAUUUUAAAUGUUAUGAUAUAUUUUUACAGGCUGAGAGCUUAAAUAUUAGCCGGGAUGUUUCUGGUGAGGGUGUACAGCAGGCAUUAUUAAAAAUGCUGGAAGGAACUAUAGUAAAUGUUCCGGAGAAAGGAGCCAGGAAACAUCCACGGGGCGAUAACGUUCAGAUGGACACAAAGAAUAUUCUUUUUAUAUGUGGUGGAGCAUUUAUUGAUCUUGAAAAAACUAUUUCAGAGAGACGGCAAGAUUCUUCUAUUGGUUUUGGAGCACCAGUUCGUGCCAACAUGAGAUCUAGUAGAAUAAUAGAUUCUGCAGUAGCAUCAUCUUUACUUGAAUCGGUGGAAAGUUCUGAUCUUAUUGCAUAUGGCCUCAUACCAGAAUUUAUCGGACGAUUCCCCAUCUUAGUUAGCUUGUCAGCCUUAACCGAAGCGCAACUUAUGCAGGUCCUCACAGAACCAAAACAUGCUCUUGGUAAACAGUACAAGAAAUUAGUUAGCAUGAAUAAUGUAAAGCUACACUUCACAGAGAAAGCUCUGAGACUGAUAGCAAAGAAAGCAAUGGCCAAAAAUACUGGUGCCAGGGGUUUAAGAGCCCUAAUAGAAAACAUUUUAACUGAUGCCAUGUUUGAGAUUCCGGAUAUUAAGACAGGAAGUGACCGCAUUGAUGCCGUCGUUGUUGAUGAAGAAUCAGUAGGAUCACUAACGGCUCCUGGAUGUGGAGGGAAAAUUCUUCGCGGAGAUGGUGCUUUGGAGCAGUACCUAGCUAAGGCAAAGGAUUCAGAGGUGAGUGUUGAAGUAGCUGAAUCAGAGUCACAAGAAAGGGAUUCAGAUAUUUCAUCAAGAGCCAUGAGCAUGUAACAUUAUAGUUACCAUAUUUAGUGUAUAAUUUAUCAUUGUUAUUUGUAAAAAUGACAUUAACAGAAAAUUUGAUGUAAUUAUCCAUUGUAUAACAGAAUAGUUAUUGGUCUAAGUUCUCACUGAAUAGGAAGGAAAUAAGAAAAAGCAAAAGAAAAUAAAAAAGAAAGGUGUAGUGUAGCAUUGCUAAUUUAGGCAGCACAUUAUACAGAUUUUCAAUUGUUUUUGAGGAAUUAUGAAUGUAAUCAUUUUUUUAUUUGAA